CUUUAAUGCCAAAUCUAUAAUCUAUAAGCAACGCCUUCAAAAAGUUUAACGUCUACACUAGACCUGUAAGUUUAUUACUUCUGAAAGAACAAGGUCACAGGACAUAUUUGGGUGUUUUUCUCACAACUUGUCUUGUGAGCCUUGUGGUUUUGGUAUAUUAUAGUGGAUUAAUGUCUCUAAUCGAGAGAAAUAAUCCUAGUGUUAUCACAUAUACUUAGUACCAGGAACAUCAAAAUGCAUUUUAUUUGAAUCCGUCAAAUUUCAGCAUCGCCAUUGCCUAGAAAGGAUUUGAUCUCUUGGAUUCUUAUAUUUUAGAAGGAGCUUUAGGAGGAGUAGAUAGGUAUUAUAAUUAUUAAUAUUAUAGUGACAACCUAUAGGAAAUCCCAUUAACUAAAUGUAUUGAUUUUAAAUUUAGUGAUCCUUCUUUGAAUGCUUACUUCGAUAAGUCGGAUCAAAUCUGGUAUUGUUUAGAUUGGAGUUCCAUUGGUUCAAUAAUCAUUGAAGGUGGUUUAGAAUCCUCUAAAGACAAAUCAUUAUAAAUCAUUGUUAAAUAAUGCACUUCAAUGUAUAUUAUUAAAUUAAUCCUAGUACCUAAUGUACAUAUCCUAAUAUAUUAGAUAGUGAUCAAUUCUUAUUUAAAAUGACAUCAGCCAAUACAGAUAUAUCUAAUUUUAAAACUCCUGCAUCUCUUAUUGGUAAAACUUUUAGUCUCACUUCUUUAACUAAAUUUGCCAAAAAAUUGAAUAUAAUCCUCUAACCACAAUAAACAUAAACUGAUAAUGGAUAUAUUACUCAAGAUUUAUAUCAAGAGACUAUACUUUCUAUUUCUAAUUAUUAUGAAACUCUUCUUGAUAAAGAUUCUGAUUAACAUAUCUUUGAAAUCAAUAUUUCACUGGAUCAAAAAACUUUAGUUACUUAAAGAUCUUAUCCAAGAGUAUAUUAAUUUUUAGGAGACAUAGGUGGUUUCUGGGAAAUUAUUUUUCUCUGCUCUCUUUUAUUCAUCAUGCCAUUCAAUAACUUAUCAUAUAGAGUUGCUUUAUUAAAUGAAUUAUUCAAUUUUGAAUUAGAUUUUGAUAAUAAAAUACAUCCAGAACAUAGGGGCAGUAAUAAAGUUAAAGAGAUUUUAAAUAAAUCUGUUUAACUUGAAAAAUUUAAUAGAAUGUCUAAAGUUGCAGAGCAUGAUGAACAAUAAAAAUCUAAAUUACUAGAUUAAAUUUCCAGUGAUAUCACCUAAUUUUUCAAAGAAUAAGACAUAAAAUUAGAUUUAUAAUUAUUUGAUUAUUUUGGUUGUUGUUAAUGUAAAAAAGGAGGAAAAAGAGAUCUUAUUAAUUUUUCUAUGAGCAAAAUAACUCAUACUCUAGAUAUUACUUAUAUCAUUAAAAAACUUUAAGAAAUCGAUAAAUUAAAAUUAAUUUUAUUGAAUUCAGAUUAAAUCAAAUUAUUUGAUUAUUUACCAAAGCCUAAACUAGGAUUGCAUAUGAAACCAAGUGAAAAUGAAUAUUGCUCUAUUCUUAAACCUGAAUUAUCAGAUCUAGAUAAAGCUUUAGAAGCUUAAAAAGCCUUUCAAGCUCUUUAAGACUAAGACGAUGAUAUUACACCUAAAUUAGUCAAACUCUUAGAUGAUGAUCUUGUUUCACUAUUCAAAUUACAAUUAAAUAAAGGUGUAAACCGUUUCGUGAAAAAACCAGCUUAAUUAGCUGAUGCAGUCUAAUAAUUAAUGAUUAUUAAUGCCAAAGAAAAAGAAAAAGAAAAAUAAAAUAAUAAAGGAAAAGAUAAAAAGAAAAAAAAGAAAAAAAAGGAUGAAUCAAGUGAAUCAGAAAAUUCAGAAUCAUCUGGAUCUGAUAAGGAAUGA